GGAAACUAGGAAACGCUAUAUAGCUUAAGUCAGGACGUGGACUGAUCGAAGACCUGUCAUAUCGACUCGAUAAUCGUUAUUUUUUAGUGGAUGGUCACAUGAUAUUGGAUUAUUGGCAGACAUGUCUCGAUCUCAGAUUACAGGAGUUGAUUUUGGUAGCGUGCAUUCUAAAUACGGCUACAUACCAAGACGGUUAAAAUUCUACGAUGAACAUCGAGACAACCGUAUGGCAGUGUUACGUAAUCAGUCACUGGCUGACACACACAGGCAUUAUUCUGGAUGGAGGCGUCACGACGGUCCAGGAGACGCAUUUCGACAUGGUGUCUGGUCUUACCGGAUGACUCGUGAAUAUGGAACGGACAAUGCCAAUAAUUAUGGUGACGACGAAAUCGACAAGGAUAAGCUACCACGAGUAAAAUCAGCCAUGGACAGAUUCAACCAAUCACAGGGAAGGAGAUUAGCUCAACGUCAGUUCUUUGGUAACGAAUAUGCUCAGGAACGACCAGCAUUUGAUUACAUCGACGACAGAUAUAGAGAAUACUACUCUUAUUAUGUGGGACGUGAUUGCAUCAAAGACGAAUCGUCAUGGAAACUAAAUGAUGUGCCUCUGAUGAAAAAGGUCACAGCUAGCGGACAACUACAGACCACACCGUACAAAAGACCUAAAACUAGCAUGUUUUAAUAUUCACAAGCAAUCGUGAUUAUUCACGAAUAAUAAUUAAUCACACAAACUAGAAUCUGCUAGUAUCGAUCUGUUGAUUGUUGUUUAGUUGCCAUGCAAUGACAAUAGUCCACCCAAAAACUGUAUAUGAUAUGGCUUUGUCGUGAGACAAUGUGUGUAGUUUUUCAAUGUGUAUAUUUUUUAAUAUUUGAUAUUUGUUUAUUGUCAAAACAAAAGUUACAAUACAAAUUACAGAAGAGAUAAUACAACAAAUAUAUACGCAUGUACGUACAAUGUGAGUCUAAUGUUAAGUAUGUGUGAACAUUAGCUCAAACAUUAUAUCAAAUAAGAGAUUGAAUUAUCGUAAGAAAUGUCAAAAUAAUUAUAUAUUCACAUUUUAAUUUAUUUUUUUGUCUACACAAUAAUAACAGCUCAAAAUUACACAUCCAAUAAAUUAGAUGGGAAGGAAACAGCGAAGGGGUCAUCAUUGUUGUCACUUUGGAUACGCCGAUUCCGAAAAUGAUGUAAUACAUGCGGUUGAGGGUGUUUUAAUUUUCAUCAAUUGCCUGUAAAAUUGGGUUUGUUGUCCAUAACGGUCAUAAUUCAUGAAACUGAAUCCAGUCAAUUUAGUACCACCGUAAAUGAAUAUUUUCAUGACAAUAACUUUAAGGUAUUUUUGAGCGUUUUUGAAUAUUUUGUUAU